ACCCUUCACUCACGAGCCAACACGAGUAAACAAACGGAAUUAAAAGCUACGUUGCAGUUCAGUGCCAGUGAGCGCAUACUUGAGUUAAACCAAACCCAGCUUUAAUUCGGUCAUUUAUUGACGUUUACCAUAGGCUAGAGACUGACGGUGUAUAUAAAUUAUUGAACCUCCACGUACAUUUCGUGUCUUUUUCCGUCCUUUGCCCAGGUUCAUGAUGUCAGUGCAGAGAGAUUUGUUUUAAGAGAUGCGAGCUGCGUUGCGUCUGGCAAUAGUGGCGAUCCCGAUGGGAGUGCUGCUGUCCCGAACCAUGGCGUGGAUGUCCAGCGGCAAAACGCACCAAGAACUCAUAACUAGACUGAGGGAUCAUGGCGUGAUCCACAGCGACAGAGUGUUCAGUGCCAUGCUGGCUACAGACAGAGGAAUCUACUCCAGAGAUUAUCCAUAUGCAGACUCUCCCCAGUCCAUAGGCUUCCAAGCCACCAUCAGUGCACCACACAUGCACGCCCACGCUCUGGAGCUAUUGAGUGACAAACUCACAGAAGGAGCAUCGGCCCUAGACGUGGGCUCAGGAAGCGGAUAUCUCACAGCCUGUUUUGCAAGAAUGACAGGAAGCAAUGGGAGAGUCGUGGGAAUCGACCACAUCGACCAACUGGUUCAAAGUUCAAUUAGAAACAUCCAAGCUGAUGACCCGGAACUUAUUACCUCUGGACGCGUCAGACUCGUGAUGGGGGACGGAAGGCUCGGCUACCCAGAGGGAGCCCCUUAUGAUGCCAUUCACGUCGGGGCAGCUGCAGCAACUGUUCCAAAGGCCCUUCUGGAGCAGCUGAAGCCAGGCGGGCGCUUGGUGCUGCCAGUCGGCCCCGAUGGUGGCAGUCAGGUGCUGGAGCAGUACGACCGUCAAAAUGACGGCACCUUCCUCAAAAGAGCUUUGAUGGGAGUAGUUUAUGUCCCCCUGACAGACAAGAGACGACAGUGGCCGGGAAGCGAGCUCUGACUGCGGUUUGGUUGGCCCACCCCUGCAAGUUCUUCAAUUCUCUGCUGUUUUCCUCAACCCUAACCCAAUUCUAUGUUCACUAUCUUGCUGAAGUGUGUCACCCAACACCGCACAACAAGGAGUAUCUGGCAAGGUUUUCCUCACAUCAUUGUCUUCCUCCAAAUUGAAAGAGUUAACAUUUGGUGUAAAAAGAUAUUAAAGGGCAUGGGUUAUCCCAAGAGUAUGAAAA